AUGGUAUCACAGUCUUCCACCUGCGAAAAAGAAGGUACGUACUAUGUAAAUGAAGAACAAUCAGAGUCCUUCAUGGAUCUGUACAACGCUGCACUCACAAAGAAGAUUCACCUGACUCUGACUGAGAAACACCGUGCCACGUCACCCAUCUUCAUCGACUUCGAUUUCAAGCAGGAGUCGGCGAAGCGUGUUUACACUACCGACCAUAUCAAAGCAAUCUACACCGCCGUCACCCAAGAAGCCUCACAUUACGUCAACUUUGACGAGGAUGCACUGACGUGUUACGCGCUGGAAAAACCCGCCCCCCGAGCUGACAAGAAGCACCCUUUCAAGGACGGUUUUCACCUGCACUUCCCCGACAUAGUAACGGUUUCAACCGUCCAGCACAUCAUCCGUAAGAAUCUGUUGGAGUCUAGCACGCUGUCCGAGAUUUUCGCCGACGUCAAAUUCCUGAACACGUGGAAUGACAUCUACGACUUGGCGGUUAUUGACAAGAACCCCCUCCUGAUGUACGGGAGUACCAAGGACGGUACAGGACCUGCCUACACGUGCGCUUACACUCUGUGGGGUAAGGAUGGUGACUCCGAUCCCUGUGAAGAUGAGCCGUCCGAUUUGACUGACCAGCUAUCUAUUCGCAACAAGAACGGCAAUGAUGAUGAGUCCAAGGUGCUCCCGGAGAAGGCGGAGGAGGUUGCCGCAUUUGCCGCUGCUAUGAGCGCCAAACCUGACGCUCAGCCAACGAAGGUUGUUCACCCCACGUGCAAUAUGGUUCUUCUGGGGGAGGUUGAGCAGCUUGUGGCUAUGCUGGCUCCGUCUAGGGCUGACGUCAGAAGCGACUGGUUGGCGGUUGGCUCUAGCCUGCACAGUGUUGAUGAGGGUCUUCUACCGGUCUGGGAUAAAUUCAGUCAGUUGUCGUCCAAGUACCAGGCUGGUGAGUGCGAUAAGAUGUGGUACGACUUUAAGCCUGGCAACACUAUUCGCAGCCUGCACUACUGGGCUAAGAUCGACAACCCCGAACUGUACAAGAAGUACAUUGAGACCAGUAUGCAGACUGCUGUGAUCACGGCACUUUCAGGUAGUCAUUAUGACGUGGCACAGGUCGUGUACUCAAUGUUCAAGUUUGAUUACGUCAGCAGCAAGGACGAGAAGGACAAGUCCACGUGGUACAAGUUCACUGGGCAUCGGUGGGAGGUCUGCGUGGGCGGGGUUGACAGGCUGCGUCUCAAGCUGUCUACGGACGUGUACAAGGCAUUCACUGCUAUGUCCAAGGCUUGCGUCAAGAAGGCACGUGCUGAUUCGGACGACUCGGACGAUGAGGACAAGGACGACACUGGCGACCAGUACAGAAAGAUCGCCAAGCGACUGAAGAACCAGACAUUCAAGAACGCAAUCAUGAAGGAGUGUGCUGAUUUUUUCUACCUGUCCGACAAGGAGUUCCUACACAAACUGGACGAGUCGCCGCAUCUUAUCGGGUUUGAGAAUGGGGUUUACGACCUUAACGCUAUGGAAUUCAGAGCGGGUAGACCAAAUGACUUCUUGACCUUCUCUACUGGCUAUAACUACAGCCCCAAGGUUAACCCGAGAAUGCGGAAGUUGCUCCUCGAAUUAUUGAAAAGCAUUUAUGACACUGACGAAAUGGUACAAUACAUGCUACAGUUUGGUGCUUACAUCUUGCACGGCGACAAGAAGGAUGAGAAAAUCCAGUUUUGGGUUGGUAAGGGUGGGAACGGCAAGGGCAUCAUGCAGACACUAUACGACAAAACUCUGGGCGACUACUACUAUCAGCCUGACGUCAGCAUCUUUACGGGCAGCAAGAGGAACAGCAGUGCCGCCAACAGCGAAGUCGCUCGGGGUAAGGGCAAACGAAUCUGGUGUAUGACCAAGCCAGGCACCAAUGACAAAUUUAACACCGCCGAGCUCAAGAAAAAGUCAGGGAGGGACAGGAUUCAAGCCAGGGACUUAUACAAGUCCUUCAUCGAAUAUAUUCCGCAAUUUGUGCUGGUUCUCCAGAUGAAUAACAAGGCCUCCCUAGAUAAUUACGACGAAGGCAUCAAAAGGCGGGUGGAGAUUAUUACGCAUCUCAUUCAAUUCGUCGAGAACCCCACAAGACCCUGCGAGCGCAAGGGCGACACAGAACUAAAGGGCAAUAUUACCAACGGCGAGUCAUAUUGGCAGGAAUUUGUGCGGCUGCUUAUCGAGACCCACGUGCACGUCCAACUACACGGCAAAAUGCCGACCCCGCAGUCAAUCAUUGAGUGUACCAAUGAGUACAUCGACUCUAACAACGUAAUCGGUGGAUUCCUGUCAGAGUUUUAUGACAUCACUAACAACCCUGAUGAUAUCAUCAAGGCUGGCGACCUGUACCAGGCGUACAAGUCGAGUCACUUCUAUGUUGGCAAGAAUCAGCAGCAGUUCAAGGAGGCUAUGAAUUCCAACGAACAUACUGCGGAGAAAAUCACGACACGCGGACCUUUCCAUAAAAACGUCGUAUAUCGCGGCAUUGUGCCAAAAGACCUGGGGGACGACGAUGAUGAGGAGGACGCUCUUGCUUAG